UAUUUAUCGGGAAAAUUAUAUAAUUUAAAAUUUUUCGGUAAGUAUAGAAUUUUAUUAUACAUGAGUAUCGAUGCGAACGCUGAGUUGUGUGAUAUUACGUUUAAAUAUUCUUAUUAUUUAAGUAUUCUCUACGAUUAAUUAAAAAUAUUAAGCAUCAUGAAGUGGACAAACGCUAAUGUUGGUCAGUUAAUUGAACUUUAUCGCGAACAUGAAGUUUUAUGGAAUACUACAUUAAUAGAUUUUAAAAAUCGAAAUAAAAAGCACGAUGCUUGGACUACAAUUGCAAAAUAUUUUCAAACCGACAAAGAUAUGGUUGAAAAGAAAAUGAGAAGUCUUAUUGGUCAAUUACAAAGAGACUUAACAUUUUUAAAAGACAAACACAAAUCACGCCUUCCACAGGAAGCUGAAAUCAAAACACAAACUAUAGACCCAAGUGAUUCUAUGGUUGAAAUAAAUUUGACACAUCAGCUUGAUCAAAUACAAAAAGAUUCAAAUAUAUCAUUAGAAAUUCAAUCGAAUAUUGAUUUCGAUGGUCCAAAAGAAUUAUUUAAAUGUCCACAGAAAACUCCUAACCAUAAAACAAAAAGCUUUAAGACAGAUAACAAAGAUAAAUUUGACAUUUUUGGACAACACGUAGCAUGUAAAAUAAGAAAGCUCUCUACAUCAUACGCAAAAAGUACGAUUCAGUAUCAUAUAAAUAAUAUAAUAUUCCAAGCGGAAUUAGGACAAUAUGAUCAGCCUCCACAAACUCAGUUCAAAACAUAUCAAACACCAUAUUUUGACUAUCAACCAAGUUCGUCUCUAUUAGUUUCUGAAAGUAGUAGCAGUAGGCCUUCAACACCUAUAACUUUUAUUUUACAACAACCAUGGGAAGAUUAUGAAACCAAAGAUGAAGCAUAAGAUUAAAUCAGCCGGCCACGUACCAUAAAAGUUAUCUUAUCAUCUCUUCC